AUGGAAAAAGAAGCUCUAUUUCCUUCUCAUGAGUUGAGGGAGCGUUCAUUUUUGUUUCGUGAGUUGAUAGACCACAUGAGUUCUCUUCUUACACUUUUUGAGAAUGGUUCAUGUGAGGGGAAUGAACAUAUACUUGUUAUUCCUCCUAAUCGUGAAAUAGAGCGCUAUAUUACUGGACUUUAUUUACAAACGCGAGGUUCAAAACAGCGUAUCAUUCGACGAAUACCACAAAGUAUUGUACGCCGUCAUUUGUUACACGGUCGAAGUCUGGAUGAUAUGUCAACGUUUGCAGGUGAUACUGCACGUGUGGAUUUGUUUCCUUUUCGUGGAAAUAAUUUUGGUGAAAGUGACAGUACUCAUGAAAUGUCUUUCUUAGGUACUGUUAGUCUGCUAUGUGCAGGUGGAUUUUCUCUCAAAGUUGGCAUAUUUUGGAAGGAAAGGUAUGCUAUAAAUGACAGAUUUUCUGUUCUUUUCGUUGAUAAAUCUCUAAUCAACACCGAUGCUCUCUCUGUUCCGAUUUCUGGGCUGAGUGGUUUUGGUAGUCGACAUUUUUGGAGGCAAAUAUCAACACCCAACACAUGUGAAGAAGUUUUACUUCUUCAACAGUAUAAACGUGAUGAAAAUAUUCUUCGUUCUUUUCUUGAGAAAGUGGUUUUAUAUAAACCAACGACUAAUAGUGAUAACUUGAGUAUUCGGAAGCAAAUAGACACUGCAUUGCUUUAUGUGGAAACGGAAGUAGGGAUUAUGUUACUAUCAUAUGUCUGUAUAUCAGGAUAUGAAUAUUUAACUAUUGCAAAGGUUCUUCAAAUUAUAACCACAGCUACAGAUAUUGCUACGAGUGGUUCUUCUUUUAUGGAAGAAGAUAAAGAAGAUAUUUUAGUAGCUUUCCACACCAUUGUGACUGGAGCAAUUAGCAGAAAGCUUCUUCCUCACUGGGAUAACAUGAUGGAGCGGGAAAAUGUCGCAUUUAAUCAUACUUGUCGUACACUUAAGAAAGUGUAUGGUUUUCAGCAUUUCCUUCCACCAGUGCUUCAAGAAUUUACUGAAAAACAAUUUUCAGACGAAAUUCAGCUGGUGCAUGUACUGCAGAGUUUUUCACUUAGUGUACUCUCACUUAUGCGUGUUAUGGAGACUAUGUUGAAGUUGCUUUUGUGCGAAAUGGAGAAGUUAGAUUGCAUGAGAGAUGUGACAGCCGAUAUGUACAUAUCUCUCUUGGUCUCUAUUUUAGUUGCAGCUGAACCGACUUUUCUACCUGCACGCAUAAGAUACGCAACUGACUUUAGUUUGGCGGUAAUGGAUGUGUCUUCUGCGGGCUAUGCAGUAACUACUUUUGAGGCAGCUGCUACACAAAUUAUGGAAGAAUAUCGCCUUUAUGUUACUACAGGUCAUCAGCAAUAA